UUCACUUUACUUUCACUUUGAGCUCCAACAGUUUCCCUCUUUCUUAACGCUAUAUAAAUGCACUUUAACCCAGCAUGCAUCGUCUUUAUGUUUAGAACAGAACAGAACCAGGUCGGAUUUCCUCUUUUCUUGGAGAGUUUGGCCGACUCAGAGUAGGAUGUGGGCCGGGGAGACGUCCAUGGGAGUGCCCGCCUGGCUGUGUGUUUUUCUGGCUGUGGUGACCUCAGACACCGAGAUUAAAGUCUACAAGAAGGUGGGCGAUGACGUUGUUAUCAAACCAGGUAACACCGCAGUGAGCAGCCCCAUCACCCACAUCGUUUGGAUCCACGUUCCCAACAUCGCCGCCCAGUUCGAUAAAGAGGGACUCGACCUUUAUCAUCAGUUUCAAAAACGCGGAAACCUGAACAUUUCAAACGGAGAAUUCACAAUCACGGGACUGACUCGAAAUGACAGCGGACUGUACACAGCAGAAAUCAACAACGUGGUCAAGAGACCAAAUAUUCUUCUCACUGUCAUCUCUCCCGUCCCUAAACCCAUUGUCAGUGUAUCCUGUGACGACGAGCGUACCAGCUGUACUUUGACCUGUGAUGGAGACACCACAGACGCCAAACCGGUCACCUACAGCUGGAGGUCAGAUGACAAGGUGACGGCUCAAUCCAAGGAGCUACAAAUUACAAAGAACGAGAGUUUGGGUGUAGAAAAGUUCAGCUGUGAGAUUAAGAAUCCGGUCAGUCUGGAGAGCAGCCUAUCCAUCCCCAACCCUCUCUACACGAUUUCAGCACCGCCAAGAAAGCCGAACAUUUCCCUGGGAGUCAUAGUCCUCGUCAUUCUGCUGGUCUCCGUGAUACUGCUGGUCGCCGUUCACAGAUGUAAAACAGGAGUGUGGUUCUUCCAAAAAUCAUCCAUGCCAUGGGAACCAAACUUCUGGAGGAAGAACGAGAGGCCACCGAGAGAUGCUGCUGGCUCUAAUGGUAAAGAGAACGUAGAAACAGAAGAGGAAACACCGCUGUCAUAGGGAGCAAAAAGUCCGGACCUGUCAGAUGUAAAACAAGACGCUCCACAGUGACGCAGUGAAGAAAUGCACAUCGGAUUGAUCUGUCCUGUGUUUUCAGUACACAUAUAUGUAAAAAAAAAAAACCUUAAGAAUAGUGUCUCAAAUAUAGACUUAAUAAUAAAGCAAAAAGUAAGGGAAAUAAGAUUAUUUAAAACAUAUAUACUUGACACAAAAACUGACCAAAAGUGGGUAUGAAGGCAUGCCAGACUCUUAAAAAGUUGUGACUUUUAAGUUCCUGAAUGAUCCGGCUCUCUGGACUAGACAAAGGGAGCCCAGUAGAACUUUUUUUCCAAUUUUUCUGCAGCUUGUUUUUAACAUAACACAUUAGUUUAUCCAGCGACUACUAGAUUUUUAUUAGUGUUUUAUUAUGAAAUAAAAAUAGACAAAAAGUCCACAGUUGUGGCACAGAAACACAUAAAAAGACAAGAAGUUUGUUUCUAGAUUUUCAUAAAAGAGGCUAUGAAGGGCCUUAAAGUUUAGACAAUACCAGGAAGACCUGCAAAGUGCCGUUUCCUGUGGCGGACUGCAUACCUGACACAGACCGGUACCUCGAGCUCAUAACCAAGCAGGUCUGGUGGAUCCAUUUGUGGGGAGGAGGUGGACUGAUUGCAGAGGAGAGGAAAAAGAGACGCCAUUGUGUGUUUUGGGCCACCAGCUCAGCCAACAAGCGAGGCUUUGUACAGUUCUUUAGUCCUCAGCAACAGCUACAAAACAAACUAAAUAUGUUAACAUCAAAGAAAGUCAAUCAGCCAUUUCAUUUUUUGGGGUUUUCUUUUUCUUUCCGUAUCUCAUUUAUCAUCUAAAUCUUUGGUUGUUUGUAUUUUAAUGUGUUUUAUGCUUUAGAGGUGUGUUUAAAAUGGAUGACAGGUGUGUUUUUGCACUUCUGUUUUAUUUAUUUUGCCGUAUUGUUCUUAGCUUUGUUCAUGAAAUUACAAAAUACUUUGCACUUCCACACAGCUGAAAGUAUUUGCAUUUAGUUACAAAAGUCUCACUUAUUAUAGAUCAAAUUAGUCUUUUUAAUGUACUGAGGAAUGACUUGUGAAACUCUUUUUUUUAACAAAGCAGCACUCCUUAAUGAUAUGGUUUUUUAAAGUUCAUAAAGCUUUGGUGCUUCCAGAAAAGGCACUGAGUUAUUCAUACCCUGAUAGCGUAGUAUUUAUUGUGGCUUAACAUUUUUUGGGAUAUAUAAAGAAUGUAUGAAUAUACAUGUGUUUUUUAUUUGGAUGUAUCUAAUAAAAGAACAGAAUGUCACCCCUUU